AUGUCCGCACCCGUUCUCCCUAAGACUUUCGAUGACCUCACCGACAAACGCCGCUACUGGCCGGCGCCCCCCAACUCCGCCGACGAGGGGCUCGGCAUGCUCCGACUGCUCACGCCCGAGGUCGUCGCCAACGCUGCACAAACCCAGAUCCAAACGGGCGAGCGCGUCUGUCUCAACUGGGAUCUAGAAAAGCUGAACCCUCCAGGCUUCCGUCGCAAACCCUUCGAACACCGCAUCAAAUGGGUUGCAGACGGCGUUGCUUUCGAUGACGAAUACCAUUUUAACCCCCAACAAUCCUCCCAAUGGGACGGUUUCCGGCAUCACAAUGCGCCUGGCCCAACCCCCGACCAACGCGUCUUCUACGGCGGUACCACGUCCACCGAAAUCCUGGAUCCAACCUCGUCCCGCAUCGGUAUCGGCCACUGGGCUAAAAAAGGCAUCGCGGGUCGCGGUGUAUUAAUCGACUAUUAUACCUGGGCAAAGGAAAAUCGCAACGUCACAGUCAACGCGCUCAGUCCGCAUGUUGUAUCGCUCGAUGACGUUCUCACCAUUGCAAACGAGUGCGGAAUCAAGUUCGAGCGCGGAGAUAUCUUCUUCCUUCGGGUUGGGUUACCGGCUACAUGGGAGGGGAUGAGCGAGGAGGAGAAGUUGCAGUAUAGCCAGCAGGAGGUGCCGAAGCAUGCGGGGCUGGAGCAGAGUGAGCGCGUGCUAAGGUUCAUGUGGGAUAAUCAUUUCGCGGCUGUGGCAUCAGAUGCGGUCAGUUUCGAGGUUUUUCCGCCGCUGAAGCCGGAGUUUGAUCUUCACCAUUAUAUGCUGGCGGGGUGGGGAGUGCCGAUUGGGGAGAUGUUUGAUUUGGAUGAGUUGGCAGAGACGUGUCGGCGACUGGGGAGAUGGACAUUUUUCAUCUCGAGUAGUCCGUUGAAUUGUGCGAGAGGAGUGUCGAGUCCACCGAACUGUAUGGCUAUUUUUUAG